ACAAAACACAAGAAUCACGCUCCGCUCGACAUAGAGCACUGCACGAGCGGCUGCAAUUUCACGUCAAUAUUUACUUUCUCGCUAAAACAUGUAGCAAGCAAUACACAAUAAUAAUUAGUAUAGUUUUCAAUCUAGUUAUUUAUGUGUUCAUUUUAUAAGUAAAUUUAAAUCGAACUUACCUUCACGGAGAGGAAAUAUAUCAUGUGAUUGAUGUGAUAGUUGCAACAAAUUGCAAGGAUGCAACAAAUUAAGGGGUUAACACAUCCUCGUCCGAAUUUGCGACCAAGAUUAAUUUCAUUUCAUAGCCAUAGUUGUUCAUUAAUGACACUGUCGUCUAAAGUUUGGGAACUGGGAGAUUAAAAUGGUUCUGACAAUCGAGCUCGAGAACAAUGUAUGGUCAUUUACUCCGAGCGAAACAAUUGUUGGGAAAGUGGUCAUUAACAAACACAUUUGGAACAAAGUGGAAGCUCUCGUGAUAACACAGGUUUGACAAUACGACUUUAUGGAAAAUUGGAAAUAGGGACCACUCACGAGGUCACAGCUGAUCCUCCCAGAUCCUCAUCUUCACAUCCUCCUGUUGUACCUCAACCGUCGAUGUCCUCGGCGUCAACUUUGGCCAUUACAAAUAUCGAUGUUUCGCAGCAUGGGUGCAUUGCCACGGCUCGAAAAUUCAUGGGAAGGAGUACAGGGACAAUUACUGAGCAAGUUUUGCUCGAUCACACAAUCAACCUUUUAGAUACUUGGAGAGUGUUAAAACCAGGAAGGCAUGAAUUUAGCUUCAAUUUUACACUUCCUGAUUCUGGUUAUUUACCUCCAUCCUUAAAAGUUAAAGGUGCUCGAAUUCACUAUGAAUUUGUGACAUCGUUAAAACGGCCGAGGGACGAUUAUAAGAUUUAUCAAACUCCAUUUUACAUCACGGCUGCCCCAGAAGAAUAUCUUCACGACGAUUUUGAGGAAUUUUGUCAUCCCGUCCAAUCCAAGGCAGACAAGCGAAUUUCACAAUUAUUAGGCUGUUGUAUGAAAGGCAGCAUAACACUAUGUGCUGACCUACAUAAACGAGUGUUCCCUGUUGGAGGAGAAAUAACGUUUGUGGCGACUGUGAGAAACAAUUUACGAUCGAGUUUAGACGCAAUAAAAGUAAAUUUAAUACGGAACUUCAAAUACAAGAAAGGUCCAUUUUGGAGUACAAAAGAAAUUGUUGCGGGGAUGGUCGGCCCUACACUGCAGCCAGGAGAUUCUCAAAUUUGGAACGGCUCCCUACGAAUUCCAAACACUGAAACAGUUACAAACAGAAACCACCAAGAUUUCUUUGAAAUUACUCAUAUUUUACAGUUUCAAGUUCGCAGUUCAAACCAUCGUUCAAAAGACGCAAUAGUACAGUUCUCAGUAGUGUUGCUACCAAGCACUGUUGUUUCUGCGCUCAUAGUAGAAAGACCACCUGCCCCAGCAUACUCAAGCAUAAUUGAAAAUGACGACGAUGGUUUGCCUCCCCCAACAUAUGAUGAAGCCAUCACAGAUGAUCACAGCUCGACUAGUCAGUUAAUGCCAACAUGAAACUUUAUUAAUCGUCCUAUAUAAUUUUUAUAAGACGUUAAAUUUUUGAUAAAUGCCAUAAUGACAAUUAUUAUGAUGUUUAUGUAUCUAUGCACUCGCAAUAUAAGUCACUUGAUUUAUACACAA